GCCUUGCUAACUGUGCACAUUACAACAAAGGGCUGGCAGCUCCUGAAGGAAAAGGGCUUGUGCCGCUGCCGUUCAAACUUGUCAGUCAGCCCGUGCCAGCAGCCUCAGCGUCUGCCUCCCCAGCACACCCUCAUUACAUGUGUCUGUCUGGCCUGAUCUGUACAUCUGCUCGGAGACGCUCCUGCCGAGUCGGGGAUUUCUGCUUUUCUCCACCGGUGCGAGAGUGGAUUUCUCCCUGCUUCUCCUCUGUCACCUCCACUGCUCUCCCCAAGGAGCCUCCUGCUUUAUGGUAGCUUUGGACUCCCCUUACUGGCUGCCUGUCCUUGACUUCUAGAAUGGAAGAAGCUGAGCUGGUGAAGGAGAGACUUCAGGCCAUCACAGAUAAAAGAAAAAUACAGGAAGAAAUCUCACAGAAGCGUCUGAAAAUAGAGGAAGACAAGCUAAAGCACCAGCAUUUGAAGAAAAAGGCCUUGAGGGAGAAAUGGCUUCUAGACGGAAUCAGCACCGGAAAAGAACAGGAAGAGAUGAAGAAGCAAAACCAGCAAGACCAGCACCAGAUCCAGGUUCUAGAGCAAAGCAUCCUCAGACUUGAGAAAGAGAUCCAAGAUCUCGAAAAGGCUGAACUGCAAAUCUCAACCCAUGAAGAGGCAAUUUUAAAGAAACUAAAAUCAGUUGAGAGGACAACAGAAGACAUAAUAAGGUCGGUGAAAGUGGAAAGGGAAGAAACAUCAGAAGAGUCAAUUGAAGACAUCUAUGCUAAUAUCCCUGACCUUCCAAAAUCCUACGUACCUUCCAGAUUACGGAAGGAAAGAAAUGAAGGAAUAGAAGAUGAUGAACAAAACAGAAAAGCUUUGUAUGCCAUGGAAAUCAAAGUUGAAAAAGACUUGAAAACUGGAGAAAGUACAGUCCUGUCAUCAAUACCUCUCCCAUCAGAUGACUUUAAAGGUACAGGGAUAAAAGUUUAUGACGACGGGCAGAAGUCAGUAUAUGCAGUAAGCUCUAAUCACAGUGCAGCCUACAAUGGCACUGAUGGCCUGGCACCAGUCGAAGUAGAGGAACUUCUAAGACAAGCUUCAGAGAGAAAUUCUAAAUCCCCAACAGAGUACCAUGAGCCUGUAUAUGCCAAUCCAUUUUGCAGACCGACGACUCCGCAGAGAGAGAAGGUAACUCCUGGACCAAACUUCCAAGAAAGGAUUAAGAUUAAAGCUAAUGGACUGAGUAAUGAUAUGAAUGGGUCCAUACACAACAUGGACAAUGGACUUUCAGAGGAGAGGGGCAACAGCUUCAAUCACAUGAGUCCCAUUCGGCCAAUACCUCAUCCCCAAUCAAUGACUCACCAAGCAGAGGAGAUGCCCCAUAGCCUACAAAAGAGGAUGACAACUCCUUGGGAAGAAUCACAUGUGAUGCAGGACCAGUAUGCUCCAUCUCCAAAGGCAGGACUGAGUCCCAGCAAGGGCCUCUCUGGGAAGUCAGAACACCAGGGUUCUUCUCCUCCUUGCCAGGAGGAUGAGGAAGAUGUUAGAUACAAGAUUGUUCACUCCCUGCCUUCUGACAUAGAUAAGACAGAGCCCGUGACCAUGAUUUUCAUGGGGUACCAGCAGGCAGAAGACAACGAGGAAGAGAAGAAGCUUCUGACGGGGUAUGACGGGAUCAUCCACGCUGAGCUGGUUGUGAUUGACGAUGAGGAGGAAGAGGGUGAAGGAGAAGCUGAGAACCCAUCCUACCAUCCCAGACCUCCUUCUAGUCAGGUCUUCCAGCCUGCCAGACCAACACCACUGCCGAGAAAGAGGUCAGAAGUUAAUCCCCGUGAAAACACAAACCAUAAAUCUCCCCACAAAAACUCCAUAUCCCUGAAAGAGCAAGAGGAAAGCUUAGGCAACCCCGUCCGCCAUUCUCCGCUUGACGUUCAGAUGGCAGGAGACGGCACUGAGGAUCCAUCUUUAACAGCUCUAAGGAUGAGAAUGGCAAAGCUGGGGAAAAAAGUUAUCUGAGAGGUGUACCAUCUACAUAAACAUCCUUUGAAGAAACUAAGAAAUGUUUGCAAAUUUCUCUUCUGGAUAUUUUGUUUCUUUUUCCUGAGACACACAAAAAGUAUAAUUAUACCCAUAUUAAGCCAUGUGAAUAAGAAGUAGUCAUUAUUUGUUUAAAAAAUCCAAAAAAAGCUAGGGAGAACAAAUGCUUAAAUUUUCCUUUUACUUGAUAUGAUUCAGCGGGGAGGGGGAAACCAAGAUGUUUUUAUUGUAUUGAUACCAAAGCAUUUCUAAUAAGAGCUUGUUAAAUUUAAAAAUAAAGUUAUUUAAAAUA